UUGCUGCCAUGGAUCCAUUGUCUCCAGAUCCAGAAACAAGACCAGGCUCUAUUUCCAGCACAGGAGCCAUGGUAGCCUAUUCUGGAAGAAGAACAGGGUAAAGAAUUGAAAAAAUAAUAUUUUAGUCGAUCUCCAACAGAUAAGAGAGUUGUGUUUGAUGAAUAAACUGAACAUGAAAUAUGGUGGGGAAGUGUCAAUAUUCCAAUUCCCAAAAAGUCUCAUAAUCUUUUGGAAUAAGUUGCCCUUUAGUUUUUAAACACAAGGCCAAGAGUAAAUUUAUUUGAUAAUUUUUUUAGUUAUUUGUUGUUGAUGGAUAUGCCGGAUGGGAUCCUCACAGCAGACUUAGAAUUAGAGUAUUUUGCACAAGAGCAUAUCAUGCAUUGUUUAUGUAAAAUAUGCUUAUCAAACCAACAAAUGAGGAAUUAAAGAAAGAUUUCAGCGAUGAUGUUGAUUUUCAUAUUUUCAAUGCAGGACCAAUGUCAGCUCCAAAAUUAGUUGAAGGAGUUGGAUCAGAGACAUGCGUCUCUGUCAAUCUCACUGAUAAAAAGAUGGUAAUUUUAGGAACACAAUAUGCUGGGGAAAUGAAAAAGGGAGUAUUCGGAGUUACACAUUAUAUGUUCCCAAAAUAGGGAAUCCUUACACUUCAUAGUUCAGCUAAUGAGGGAGUUAAUGGAGAUGUUACAUUACUUUUUGGUUUGAGUGGAACCGGUAAAACCACAUUGAGUGCAGAUCCAAAGAGAAGAUUAAUUGGAGAUGAUGAACACGCAUGGUCUGAAAAUGGUAUUUUCAAUAUUGAAGGUGGUUGCUAUGCUAAAUGUGUAGAUCUAAGCUAUGAAAAGGAACCAGAAAUAUUUAAUGCUAUAAAGUAAUAAUUAGAUUUAUUCAAGAUUCGGAUCAGUCUUAGAGAAUGUUGAAUUCUUGUCUAAAGACUCAAGAGAAGUAGAUUAUCAUAACAUUUCAAUUACAGAAAAUACAAGAGUCAGCUACCCCUUGGAUUUCAUUCCAGGAGCUAAGAAUCCAGCUGUUGGAAGCCAUCCUAAAAACAUUCUAUUCCUCACAUGUGAUGCUUAUGGUGUAUUACCACCUGUUUCAUUAUUAACACCAGAAUAGGCUAUGUAUCAUUUUAUUUCAGGGUACACAGCCAAAGUAUUUGUUAAUUUUCACAUUUCCUUAGGUAGCCGGUACAGAAAUGGGAGUCAAAGAGCCAGUUGCAACUUUUUCAGCCUGUUUUGGUGAAGCAUUCUUACCAUUGCACCCAACACUCUACGCCACUAUGUUAGCUGAAAAAAUGAAGUCACAUGGAACCAAGUGCUGGUUGGUUAAUACUGGUUGGUCAGGUGGAAAAUAUGGUAUUGGCAAGAGAAUGUCUCUUAAAUAUACAAGAUCUAUUAUAGAUGCUAUUCAUACUGGUGAAUUAGUGAACGGUGAAUUUGAAAAAUUCGAGAUUUUCAAUUUAUAAAUCCCCAAGAAAGCCAGUGGUGUACCUGAAACCAUCCUUCAUCCUAAAAAUACUUGGAUGUAUUUUACUUAUUUAUCUUAUAGCAACAAGAGUGAAUUUGAAAGAACUUUAAGAAAUUUAGCUAAUAAAUUCUAAAAGAAUUUCUAAAAAUAUGCUGAUAAGGCCACCCCAGAAAUCAUUAAUGCUGGACCAUAAGCGUGAUAAUGUAACAAUUAUUAUAUAAUAAAAUAUAA